GGCUGCUGCGUUCUUCGGGUGAAAAGAGGGAAGGAAAUGUUAUUGGUUUGGAAAUCUGCAAAUCACUGCCAGGAGCAUGGAAUAAGACAAGAUGUGACUGCCCGUGAAAAGGUUUGGGGAGAAUUGCAGUGUCACCUGCUUCAUUGCUGUCUAGAUCGGGCACGGCAGGAUGUCCGUUGCCAUGGGGACUGACACUGCCAACGAUAUGGGAUAAAGUGCCAAAAACAACCCAUCUCAAUGCCCACCUGCCAAAAUGGAAAAGGAGACUAGCAUUUUCUGUGAUAAUAAUAUAUAAUAAGUUUUUUUUUUUAUAGUUUUUUAGUUUUUAUUAUAUAAAGUAAAGGAAAUUGGCCAGGUGCCAGUAUUUUUCUGUGUUGAUGUAUGUCUGAUAUUGCAUGUGGUUGACUCUAAAAGUCAGCAGCGUCGAGUUGAAUGUCUGCGUUGAAUGUCUGCGUGAAUGCUGUGAGUUAUUAAUUUAAUCAGUGUUAGUCGUCAUCACAAAAAUGAGGUUUUACCCUCGACGGAUUCUCCGGUCCGUUCUCGUGGUGACCAUGUUGCUGUUCGUCAUGCUCAAUCUGCACAUCUUGCUGACGGCCCAACCGGAAGGUUCGUCGGAGUACCGGAAAGCCCUGAUUCUUCAAGGAAACCACAAAAGUAUUUUUGAAAUGCACGUGCAAUUUAGUAACAGUGAUGGAGAAUAUGUCCAGUUGCCAAACCUUCCGAAAUUCGUCAUCACGCCAAAACUGAAACCUUUCAACAUGACCCCGAUUGCCAUAAAUCACGAUGUUGAUGUGACAAAUCUUACCGUAAUAAAAAGCGAAACGGCUCGAAUUAACGCGGAGCAGCAGAUUCACAACAUUGACCAGUUUGGUCUGAGAUUGGACAGUCACAGUGUCGUUAUUGUUAUACAAGUACAUGAUCGCCAUGACUACCUCUAUAUUCUGCUAGACUCGCUGCGAAAAGUGAGGAACAUAGAAAAAACACUGCUCGUUAUCAGCCAUGAUGUGUAUUCUCCUGAGCUGAAUCAAGUGGUAGAGUCCAUAGAUUUUUGCCCGGUUAUGCAGAUUUUCUUCCCCUACUCCCAACAGAUGUUCCCAGAUGUGUUUCCAGGAGAGAGCGUAAACGAUUGCCCAAGGGAUAUUAAAAAAGAUCAAGCUAAGCUUAAGAAGUGUAAUAACGCCGAACACCCAGACAAGUAUGGACACUACCGUGAAGCUAAAUACUGCCAGGCCAAGCACCACUGGAUAUGGAAGCUGAACCAUGUGUUUGAGGGUGUUGACGUGCUCAUCAACUAUGAGGGGAUGGUGCUGCUGCUGGAGGAUGACUACUUCCUCACCGAGGACGCUCUCACCAUGCUGCAGAUGAUGCACAACCUACAACUCAAAGACUGCAAGGACUGUCGUAUGUUUGUCAUCGGAAACUACGACAAAAUUCAAAACUACAAAAUGAAUUCUGGAAAGGCUGAGAAAGCAUACUGGAUUUCAUCAAGACACAACAUGGGCAUGGUAUUCAACCGUAAACUGUGGCAGGCUAUUAAGCAGUGCAGUCAGCAAUUCUGUUUACAUGAUGACUACAACUGGGAUUGGACAAUUCAGCAUUUAAGUAUGAAAUGUAUUCCCAACAAAAUCCGCUUACUGAAGAUGAAAGCCUCGAGAGUCUUCCAUAUAGGAGAGUGUGGUAUGCAUGUAAAAGGAAAGAGCUGCAACCCUGAUGGGAAACUGAAGAAGGUUCUUGAUCUUAUUGCCAAAAACAAACAGUAUUUCUUCCCAAAUGUGCUGACAGUGGCUGGGGAGUCGCGUUACAAACUGCGGGACCCCAAGGCCAAUGGCGGGUGGGGUGACAAACGAGACCAUGAUAUGUGCCUGAGUUUUUUCCAAAACAGCACAGUCAGCUGAUAGUGAACUGAGGCUCUGUGUGGUCUACACAUUGUUGUCAUCGAUGUCCACUAUCGUUCUCAACAGAUUCCAUGGAUCUUCUGCUCAGUAUGAUGUAAAAGACAUCACAGAGGUUUGUGUCGGCUGUGAGAGUAUGGAAUUCCAUCUCUUGUCAAAGACAUAACAGAGGUUUGUGUCGGCUGUGAGAGAGUGGAAUUCCAUCUCUUGUCAAAGACAUCACAGAGGUUUGUGUUGGCUGUGAGAGUAGAAUUCCUUCUCGUGUGAAAGAGAGAGGGAAACUAUUAAUGGCUUUUGCAUUUCAAGAGACGUUGCUCAUUGUAUCAAUACAAAAAUGUGCCAAAAUGGUGGAAGAAUGACUUUUAUGUACUGAGAAUACUAGACAGAGGCGAGAAGAGAAAGAACAAAAGUCGUAUGACUUGAAGAAACAAGGAACGAAAAGAAGAAGAAGACUUCAGGAAAUUAACACAAGGCCAAAACUGAAAAUACUCAUUACAGAUAUAUACUACUCAAAACAAGUUAAGGAACAGUAAAUAUGUUGGGGGUUUUAUAUGCAAGUGAAGUUUACCAAAAUACCAUUAUACUGCAUGCAACAGAAUUUCUGUGGUUGUGAGAGUGUAAUACCUAAUCUGCAUAAUAAGCAAAUGCAGAAAACAAUCAUUGAUGUCUGUAUUUGUGACACUGGUGGUUUCAACAAAAUGAACAGAAAUAAUAAAAAAACACCCAACUAUAUAUGUUAAAAUGUUAGCUUGUUAGGAGUUUGAAUUCCAUUAAGCAUUGUAAGAACAUGACAUUAGGAGAUAAGGUUUGGGCUCCAAGAUAAAAAUUCACACAAACAAUGUUGCACAAAUGCUGUAUGAAUAUUGCUGUGUAUUCAAUACAAUGUUUUGUUACAUUUAUUAAUUGAUUAAGACUGACAGUGCUACAGUUAUAAGUCAUUCAGGAUUGAGCUUCUGCAUUUGCAUAUAAAGCACAGACACAGUGUUCAGUGCCAUAGCAGUGAAAAUAUUGUUGCAUCCAGUGUAGUAGUAAUGCGGUGAAAUGCAUGGCAUAUACAGUACGUAUGUUUACUGACCCUCCACUUGUUUUGAGUAAUGCAUCGUUUAAUGUGAAGAAACUAAAUCCAUCAGUAAAAACACCUGUACAGUUGAUCCUGUCUGUUAUAAUCCACCUGAUGGAUUAACAUAACAUAGCCUUUAAAGGGACAGACCCUAGUUGUUUAAACACUUAACGCAUAUUUUUCACCUAGACUAGUUUUAAUCCAUAAAAAUGGACACUAAGUUUGGUUAGUUUACAAAGCUGUAACAAAUUUAGAUACAACAGAGUGAAACAAGAGUCUGUGAUG